CUAUGGCGGAGUCGGCUCGCGCUGCCGGCCCCUUCCCGCGCUCGCCGCUGCCGACGGCUGCGCUCGCGCUGCUGCUGCUGCUGCUGGGCGGGCCCGGGGGGGCCCGGGCUUUGAUCUGUUCAUGCUCCAACUGCAAUCAAGCAAACUCCACGUGCAAAACAGAUGGGGCUUGCAUGGUCUCCAUCUCCAACCUGGAUGGAGUUGAGCACCACAUCCGGACCUGCAUCCCUAAAGCAGAGCUGAUUCCUGCUGGAAAACCCUUCUACUGCCUGAGUUCAGAAGAUCUGCGUAACACACAUUGCUGCUACUCUGAUUAUUGCAACGAAAUUGACCUAAGGGUACCUAGUGGUCACGUGAAAGAGAACGAAUCUCAGUCUAGCUGGGGCCCUGUGGAGUUAGUAGCAGUGAUUGCAGGGCCUGUCUUCCUUUUGUUUGUCAUCAUGAUUGUAGUGGUUUUCGUCUUUCAUCACCACCAACGAGUUUAUCACAAUCGUCAGCGGUUGGACAUGGAAGAUCCCUCUUGUGAAAUGUGUCUGUCCAAGGAUAAGACUCUGCAGGAUCUAGUUUAUGAUCUCUCCACUUCUGGCUCUGGCUCAGGUUUGCCACUCUUUGUCCAGCGAACUGUGGCUCGAACGAUUGUCCUGCAGGAGAUCAUUGGAAAAGGCCGCUUUGGGGAGGUGUGGCGUGGCAGGUGGCGUGGAGGUGAUGUGGCUGUGAAAAUCUUCUCUUCACGGGAAGAGCGCUCCUGGUUUAGGGAAGCAGAAAUAUACCAGACUGUCAUGUUGCGACAUGAGAACAUCUUGGGGUUUAUUGCUGCCGAUAACAAAGAUAACGGGACUUGGACUCAGCUGUGGCUUGUCUCUGAUUACCAUGAGCAUGGCUCUCUAUUUGAUUACCUCAACAGAUACACAAUGACCAUUGAGGGAAUGAUUAAACUGGCCUUGUCUGCUGCCAGUGGCUUGGCACACCUACAUAUGGAGAUUGUGGGGACCCAGGGAAAACCAGGGAUUGCGCACAGGGACUUGAAAUCCAAGAACAUCCUUGUGAAGAAGAACGGCAUGUGUGCCAUUGCUGACCUGGGUCUGGCUGUCCGGCAUGAUUCUGUUACCGAUACCAUUGAUAUUGCACCAAAUCAAAGGGUUGGAACCAAACGAUACAUGGCCCCUGAGGUCUUGGAUGAAACCAUUAACAUGAAGCAUUUUGAUUCAUUUAAAUGUGCUGAUAUCUAUGCCCUUGGCCUGGUCUAUUGGGAGAUUGCUCGUAGAUGCGGUUCAGGAGGUAUCCAUGAAGAGUAUCAACUCCCAUAUUAUGACCUUGUGCCCUCUGACCCCUCCAUUGAGGAGAUGCGGAAGGUUGUGUGUGAUCAGAAGCUGCGCCCCAACAUCCCUAACUGGUGGCAGAGUUAUGAGGCGUUACGAGUGAUGGGCAAGAUGAUGCGCGAGUGCUGGUAUGCCAAUGGUGCAGCUCGGCUAACGGCCCUUCGCAUUAAGAAAACACUCUCACAGCUCAGCAUCCAGGAAGAUGUGAAGAUCUAGCCCACAAGCUGCAGCAUGAGGAAGCUGCCCAAAAGCUGCCAUGAUAGUCGACGAGAUUGAGGCCUACCUCGUGUUUCUACCCAACCUACUGCUACUGACCAGACCGUGUGACCUAUGGGCUGCUAGCUAGGGAGGACAGAGCCUAUUAAAAGAAAUGUUCUUUUCCUGGUUUGGGUAUGAAACAAACAGAACCCUUUUAUAACCACCUCCUGACAGCGUGGAGACUUGAGGGAUCUGUGUGGGUGGAUCUCGCUAUGACCAUCACUUUUUGUUUCUUUGAUGGAAAUCCCUGUGUAGUCCAGUGAAUAUGGCACGUUCGUUGGGAAGCAUUCAGGGCCUGGGAGUAGGGAGGGACAGGGACGGUGGUAUUGCCAUACCUGCAGGCUUUCCAGGGACUGGCACAGACACACAGAAGAGGCAUUGGCUUCAUGAAAUCAUUUCUCCUUCUUUUGAGCUUGAAAAAUUCAAAAAGCCAGACUGGCUGUGUGUGUGUGUGCGUGCAAGUGUGUGCAUGUGCAAAGCCAUGUAUGCCCUGUGCCUGCUUAGUCCCCCUUAGAUGUGCAGAGUAUCUGCUUGUAGGUUUGCACAUUCCUGUUUGUGUUUUUCUGUGCAUGUGCAAGUCUGAAGUAUUGGUGCCUUGCCUGUCCAGUAGUGAGCAUUAUCUAGCUUGAACAGGCUACUUACAGCCAGAUCUUCUUUCUCCUGGAGCAGGGCUCUGUCCUGCCAGCUGUACACCAGCUGCAGGAACUUUCUGUCAAGUUGCCUCACUGCCAUCCCUCUCCUUUUUAAAGCAGGGUACUGAUUUUUGUCCCUGAAAUUUUAAGCUUUUGUUUUGAGAACCCUGGUUUGUAAUGUGUGGUAGUAUGGAAGGAUUGCCUUGCCAGAGGAGCCAUCCGCGGGAGGGAUGCAAAGGAGAGAAGAAGCGUGUCUCAAAGAUUGGAGCUGGCGCUCCCCCUGGGUGGAGGGGACCAGGCCACAGGGACAUGCAGGAUAUCAGCCUCUUAGGAGCAUAACCCAUGGAUCUCUCAAAGGGCUUUGGCAGGAACACUCUAGAACUUGGAGCCAAGCAUAAGGUCUGAUCUGUGAAGAUCUCUGUGCCCACAAAAACAAUUGUGCACAGCACCUCUCAAGGAACACUCGGCACACUGCAGGAUCUGACCAUUGGCGACUAGGAUUGGAAAUACAUGUCCAUCUUUUAAAUAUACAUAUAUAAAUAUCUCCUAUUCUGGAAGCAGCUGUGUAUAACUCUUUGGGUGGGGUAGGGAGGGGGUAACUGCAUGAAUCUUAUUUUAAUUGAAUAACCAGUCAGGGUGAAGUAGAAUUGAUUUGAAUGUUGCCUAGUGAGUGUUAGAAAUAGCCUAGGGCUGAGUCCUGUGUCUGAACUGAAUGCAGCAUUAAAGACAACAUUAGAAGGCUGGGUUGUGUGAUGGUUAGGGUGUUAUCUGUGCUAUGUGACUCUGAAGCCAUAACUUUUAACUGGAGUGCAUUUGAUUAUUUUUUAUUUGAUUGGGAGGGUCUGGAUUUUAACUUUUUUUAAUAUUGUUAAUUUUUAUAUGAGAAGAGAAACAAUCUAUAAUUACCUCUCAACCUCUUUGUUUGUUUGUAAAGAAAUCACUGCAAAAAAAGGAAAAAAAAAUGCAAAUACACACAGCUGAAUUUACACUGGAACUUUCUACUCGAACCUUGAGCCUGCUCUGUAAGGUGAGCAUUCAUCUCUUCUCUGGUUCGCAGGUGGUGGUUGUUUUUUUGUUUUUUUUAAGACUUUCUGUUCUCACUGUCUGUGUGUCUCUCUUCCCUCAGGCCCCCAUCCCAUCUGUGAUUUAGAUCCCUCAAAUGAGGAGUCUUGCAUUGUGUUUGGAGCCAUUUUGCAUUCUUCCCUUGCUUUUAAAUGACAGGCAGGACAGAGCUGCUCCCUGCCUGCAGUGGUCUGCAUCUUAGACCUUUGGUUCAUGCAGCAGCGUACGUGGUUGGUGAAUGUACAGCUUUCCCUUCUGAUUUGUUCUGAUAUUUCUCAGCCAGAAAUUACUGCAUCUCCAGUGUGACUUGUUACUUACCGAACCCUUCUUCUGCAUUGAGAAACCAGGGUGGUGUGUGCCUUAAAAAUACCUACAAGAAAGACUUGUCAGCUACUGUAGCGGGACCGUUAGGAUGAGACUUGUGCAGGAGCUGGGGAGGAAGUGUGAGGAACUGAAAUAAACGGCCACAGAGAGGCCCAUCACACUGAUAAGUAGGGGUUGCCAUCUGGUCUUCCCAUGAGCAUU